AUGUUGCCAGAUGGAUUUGAGAUAUGAGACAAUCGGACGAUUCGUCAGCUUCAUGGUUGACAGAUGCACGGCGUAAUUGGCGGGCUUUUUUAGUCCUCAACGCCUUCUUUGUGUGGCCAAUAAUGUUGCUUCUGCUUUGAUUGAGCACCAGCUACGUGCAAAGAGAGGUAUGCAAAAAGAAGCCGAGUUUGCUUGCAAUAUAUUUGCGGCUCUGAAGCAUGGCUCUUCAACCGAGAUACCUCACCAGACUGUCCACCGGGUAGAGCAACUGUUCCCUUCGGGUGCACUCACGGAACUCACUGGUGGUCCCGGGUCUGGAAAGAGCCAGAUUCUCUACACGCUUGUCCUGCCACACCUGAACCGCCGGCAGCACGUCGUGUACUUUGAUCUCGACUAUCACUUCGACCUGUUCCGGCUGGCCCAGAUCCUGGACCGCAACGGCUCGGACGUCCGCAGCGCGCUCAAAUAUUUCACUCUCUACAAAUGUCCAUCUUUGGAAGCUUUUCUCAGCACACUGGCAACAAUGGAAGAUCACCUUCUGGUAAACCGCACAACUCUACUGGUCGUCGAUAGCAUUUCUGCCUUUUACUGGCACGACCGCUUACAGCUGCGAGACGUUACGUCGCGGUAUAACGACGUGACAUCUCGCCUCAAGGACCUAACGUCACGUUUCGGUCUGACGUGCGUUGUCAGCCGGAGGUCCGGAUUGGGACGCCAGUCCGGUGUCCAGAUAGAUGUGGACAGCGACGGUACUAGAAGCGUCGUGGCUUUGUCCGUGCGACACGUGUUCACCGUGACAAAGGAAGGAGUCAAGUUCGCGUAAAUGUGAGUCUCGCACAUAAAAAGUAUUUACAGUACAUGAAGCAUCUCCAUUACAAACACAACUUCUGUACAUAAAUUACAUGUUCAUGAUCGUGGA